AUGGAAAACAUGUCAGAGGAAACCCACGGCGAAAUGACGGAUCCACAGCACGUCCACCUAAGGUAAGGAGAAAAAAACGGUUCAAGGGGUCCCUGUGUGAAGGUGUUUCUAUAAAACCGCGCCUCAACCUUUUUCUUUCUGCUCCUUUUCAUUCACAUGAAAAUUUUUCCUUGUUUGUAUUGAAUGUGUCAUAUACUAACAGACUGAAAUAAAGUAUGUACACAGCGCCCUAACUUUAUUGAAAUGAAGUCAUGUGUUUGGAGGUUAAGGCUCUGUUUGUGUAGAUACCAACAGUUUGGGUCGGGUCAGAACUGCUGACAUUCAUACAGCUCAUUCAGACGACUCAGAGAAUGAGAGUAUUUGGAAUUUUCCAAUAUUUAUCAUGUCUCAGAUUUGUGCACAUCAGUUUGUGAAUGACAGAUAUUGUACAGAAAGACUUAGCUUUCAGACCCUUUACAACAAGAUCUUCAGUGCUUCUCAUCUUUUUCUUUUAGCUUCCCAUCUGAAAGCUCUGUGGAGGAAAUGGCUCAAGACAGACCAGAUCAAGAUGAGACAGAGAAAACGGAGAUUGAUAACAGCAUCAUACAGAGACUUCAAGACAGACCAGAUCAAGAUGAGACAGAGAAAAAGGAGAUUGAUAACCGAAUCAUACAGAGACUUCAAUCUGGCUGGAUAGGCACUCUUCAUGUCGUUUUCCUGGUGCUGCUUUUAGUCCUAAUCACUGUCAUUGUUGGCCUGAGCAUCAAUGUUAAGCAGUUACAGAAAGAAAGGAGUCAGCUGAGACAGCUUCUAGAAUCAACACACAUGGGACUGAACCACACCAUGGAAGUAAAUCAAAAAGUGAGCCAGAGUCUGAACUUCACCGUGGAAGAAAAUCAAAAACUGAGGCUGAGUCUGAACUACACCAUGGAAGAGAAUCUGAACCUGAGCCUGAGUCUGAACAACACCAUGGAAGAAAAUCAGAAAUUGAGCAGAAGACUAAACUACACCAUGGAAGAUAAUCAGAAAUUGAGCCUGAGUCUGAACUACACCAUGGAAGAUAAUCUGAAACUGAGCCGAAGACUCAACCACACCAAGGAAGAAAAUCAAAAACUGAGCCUGAGUCUGAGCUACUCCAUGGAAGAAAAUCAGAGACUGAGCCGAAGACUAAACCACACCAUGGAAGUAAAUCAAAAAGUGAGCCAGAGUCUGAACUUCACCGUGGAAGAAAAUCAAAAACUGAGGCUGAGUCUGAACUACACCAUGGAGGAGAAUCUGAACCUGAGCCAGAGUCUGAACAACACCAUGGAAGAAAAUCAGAAAUUGAGCAGAAGACUAAACUACACUAUGGAAGAAAAUCAGAAAUUGAGCCUGAGUCUGAACUACACCAUGGAAGAGAAUCUGAACCUGAGCCUGAGUCUGAACAACACCAUGGAAGAAAAUCAAAAACUGAGGCUGAGUCUGAACUACACCAUGGAAGAGAAUCUGAACCUGAGCCUGAGUCUGAACAACACCAUGGAAGAAAAUCAGGAAUUGAGCAGAAGACUAAACUACACCAUGGAAGAUAAUCAGAAAUUGAGCCUGAGUCUGAACUACACCAUGGAAGAUAAUCUGAAACUGAGCCGAAGACUCAACCACACCAAGGAAGAAAAUCAAAAACUGAGCCUGAGUCUGAGCUACUCCAUGGAAGAAAAUCAGAGACUGAGCCGAAGACUAAACCACACCAUGGAAGUAAAUCAAAAAGUGAGCCAGAGUCUGAACUUCACCGUGGAAGAAAAUCAAAAACUGAGGCUGAGUCUGAACUACACCAUGGAGGAGAAUCUGAACCUGAGCCUGAGUCUGAACAACACCAUGGAAGAAAAUCAGAAAUUGAGCAGAAGACUAAACUACACCAUGGAAGAGAAUCUGAAUCUGAGCCAAAGAUUAAACCACACCAAGGAAGAAAAUCAAAAACUGAGGCUGAGUCUGAACUACACCAUGGAAGAGAAUCUGAACCUGAGCCUGAGUCUGAACAGCACCAAGGAAGAAAAUCAAAAACUGAGCCUGAGUCUGAGCUACUCCAUGGAAGAAAAUCAGAGACUGAGCCGAAGACUUAACCACACCAUGGCAGAAAAGUCACAGCUUCAAGUGCAGAUUGAGGAGAUGAAAAUCAUAUUGAAUUCUACUAUGGAAAACCGUGACUCUUUCAGAAAAGACAAAAUCAAAUAUCAACAGCUUUUGAUCAAUGAAAGGCAGACCUCAACUCAACUAAAAGCUGAAAAUCAACGUCAACAAUCAAUUCUGAUGUCGGAGAAACUAUCUUUCCUCUGGAGAUUCUGUGAUAAAGGCACCCUGCAAUGUUCACGCUGCCUUCCUGGUUGGGCUGAGCACGCCACACGCUGCUUCCAUUUGGCAUCACAACCAAUGAAGUGGGAAGAUGCUCGUAGGGAGUGUUUUAAUGAAGGUGCUGACCUGGCUGUUGUCUUGAAUGCUGCAGACCAGGCAUUUCUGACCAACAUGACUUUCCAGUUUACACAGCAGCAUCCAAAUGUACUGUUCCAUUCAGCAUGGAUCGGGUUGCAGGACAUGGUGCAGGAUAACAGAUUUGUGUGGGUAAAUGGUAUCAAGUCCAAGUCAGAUUUGAAGUUCUGGAUGCCUGGAGAGCCAAACAAUGCUGCGGCUCAAUGGGACAAAGACCGUGCAGGACAGGACUGUGUUGUCAUUGUCCCUCCAAAGACUGUUGGACAGAAAGGCUGGCUGAACUCCUGGGAUGAUGUUGUCUGUCGAGGCCAGCGGCACUACAUUUGUGAAACCAAAGCUCUUAUUUUGUCUGGAGUAAAAACUGAGGAAUGA